AUGGCUGCCUACCCGAUCCGGCUUCUGUACUUCCUCUUGGCAGGUGCUGCUGCAUCAUCUGCGGCGGCAGGCGCUGAAGAGGUUUCCUUUGCACUGCGCGGUGCGGGUCGUCCUUCCGAGUUGGAUGUUUCUAGCACCGAUGCCCCUGGUGCGAGCAACAAGGAUGCGGGUCCUCGGCAGCUUCUGCUGGAAGUCCACUUCUGCGAAAACACUCUGAACUUCCUGGAUCCCGACAACAUCCACCCAAUUUGGACCGAACCUUCGUGGACACAAGAAGGUGGAGUUAUUUUCUUGGCUGUGUACGUUGGCAUCACCGCGGUCAUGAUUCUCUUGGCCUGGGUGCUUGACUGCCGUAGAUCUCCGGUGUUGGAGCAGAUACGCGAUGCACGGAAAGAAGCUAACUCGGUGCACCAUGGCGAGGGAGGGGCCCUGAAAAGGAGCUUGAUGGAGCGCUACGGCACCAAGGCAGAUCUGGUUUCCGAGGUGCUGGAGCAAAUCACCGACAAGCAGGAAGAGGAGAAGAUCAACAAAAGGAAAGCCCAACUGCGGCUGCUGUUGAAGCCCGAUGCAGACGAAGCCAGGAAGAAAGCGUGCCUUGGCCAGAAGUACGUAGUCACAGCUUGUGUCCAGGAGGUAACCAGGGCCUUUGCGCUGCCCAUGAAAGCCCAGGCAGCCUUCCGGUACAUUCGAUCGGAGGAGUUGCAGUCAGAGGGCCAGGCUGCAGUGCAGGAGUUCCUACUCCUGCCACAAUGGCAGCAGGCUCGGAUUGCAAUUGUGAUGUCGAUCCGGCUGGUGGUGGGGUUCAUGCCGAACUACGCGCUUCCCCGGACAGCGGCUUUGCUGAAAGAAUUCCUGUUUGAGAGACCCUGCACUGGUCCAGCACCAAGGGCCGAGAGUUCCAAUUCCAAGGCCCGGGUAGCGGCCACUUUGGUGCAGGGCCUGGCGGCAGCUGCAACUGCUUGCCUGAUCUCCUCUUACAUGGGAUGGAAGGUCGAUCUGGAAAGUGCCGCUCUCGGCUUCACAUCUGUCGAAGCAUUGCCGCUGAAGGAGAGCAGCAGAGCAUGCGUCGCAGAGUAUUUGCGAGAAACCUGCCUCGCCUUGGUAUGCGUGAUCAUCCAGGAGUUGCCUUACUAUGCCAUUCUGGGGAUUCGCCGAGAGCGGUUUCUUCACGCUGGCUGGAACAAGGCAGCUUUGGCCUGCUGCUCCUGGUUCAAAAGGCGAGUCUUCUGGUUCUUCAUGAACCUUUGGUUCCUUUUGAGCGUGUUCUUCAUCAUCCAGUUUCUGGCGACAUCCAGUGCGGAAGAUGGUGACCACUGGAUGUUCGUGGUGUUCAUCAUUCUCAUCAUUGGCAAUGUUCUGAAGCCGCUUGUUCAAAGCUGUUGCAUCAUGGCUGUCUACAUCAUGGCGAACCAGCUGGGCAUGGCCCUUGUUUCAGACGAGGCCCUGAGCAUAUAG